GCCAUCACUAGUGAGCUUCAGUACCACAAGAUUUAGAUUUGCUUUUUUUUUUUUUUUAAUUCCAGAUUAAAUUUGUGUUUCUCUGAUUUGUUUACUUAGAUCAGUUAGUUAUGGAUGAGUAAGCUAAGUGAGUAGGUUUUGUCUUUAAUUUGAUCGACCUGGUUUUGUACGAAUCCAUUUACUUAAGAGUAGCUGAAGCCUCUGGGUAUUGGACAAGAAGAGUGCUUUUGAUGUUCAACACUUCUAAAAUGUUGUAGCUUGAGUCUUGGUCACUUGUUUCACUUCAUAAACCUUACAAAAGCACUUUGAUUUGAUUUUUGUUGAAACAUGUUUGAUUGAUUUACAUUACAAUGCCUGGGUUUCAAGUUUGUGUUAAUUCAAGUGAAUGCUUUUUAGUUUUACUAUGGAUCUGGAAAGUGUCAUGGCUGCUGAUGGGACGGACUUUGCUCUUGCAAAUGGUGGUGUAGCAGUGGAAGAUGUUGGUGUUGAAGGAAAUGGUGUUGAUUCUGGAGAGACCUUGGAUACUACUUCGGAUAGUCAGAAUGAGAAUUCUGGAGAUAGUUCCAAUUUGGAUGCAGUUGAACAGCCGCCCAAAGAGGCAGCAGCUGAGGUCACACAAGGUGUAAAUGGAGAAGAUCCAAAGCAUGUUAAAGGCGAAAAGGCUCAACGGAAGCUUAAGCAUGAGAAACUCCCAGGUGGUAAGAAUGUUCCAUCGGUACAUGUCAAAAAGAACAAAGGUGCAGUUGCUAAAGUGGCAGCAUCGAAUGGUUCUGUUGCUCCUAAUGCUCACACAACAAAGUCUCUUAAGAGCACAUCAUCCAAUGGUAGAGCGGCUAAAGUAACAGAGCAUGGGAAGCAAGACUCUACACCAGCUGAAAGCACCACUGGGGACAAGGUGAAACCAAAGCCUCAAAAGAAACAAACCCAUGAGACAUCUGAAGAUGAUACUCAGUCUUCUAAUAGCCCCAAGGCAGACGAUGGCAAACCUCGUAAAGUUGGCGCACUUCCAAAUUAUGGAUUCAGUUUCAAAUGUGACCAACGGGCAGAGAAAAGAAGAGAGUUCUAUGUUAAGCUUGAGGAAAAGACUCAUGCGAAAGAAGAGGAGAUUAACAACAUGCAAGCCAAGUCCAAGGAAACAGAAGAAGCUGAGCUUAGGAAGCUGAGGAAGAGCUUGAACUUCAAAGCCACACCCAUGCCUAGCUUUUCUCAGCCGCCCAAAACAGAGUUAAAGAAGAUACCACCAACAAGACCCAAAUCUCCAAAACUGGGGAGAAAGAAGACUGAUGCUGAAGAAACUCAAACCCCUCGCGUCGGUAGGCUGAGCCUAGAUGAGAAAGCCUCAAGAGAUCACCCAGCUGCUAAGGGAACUGCGGCAACGGUUGAUCCCAAGAAGCAACCGUUGCGCAAGUCACUUCCAAGAUUGCCAUCUCAGAAAACAACUCUCCCUGAUGGAAAACCAGCCGCCACAACCUCAGCAAAGGUGAAACCUGAAAGAAAGAAACUUGAAAAAGAUGCAGAAACUCAAAGCCAGUCUUCAAAUCCCAAAGAAGAGGAAGCACAAGUGACUGCAUCACCCAAUGCUGAUGGAGAAAAGGACUCGCAUGAGACUGUGUCUCCAAGGAUGGAUGAAGACAGAGUGGAGUCUGUUGAGGUACCUGAAGCGGUUGCUGUUGAGCAUAAAGAGCUCUGUGUUAAUUAAGGAAGACAAGAGGAAAAGAAAGCAUGUAAUAGUUAUAUAUAUAUCUUCGACCAAAACUUGUUUGAGAAGAAAUGGGUAAAAGAGUGAAAAGAAUCAUUGUGUUUGGUUCUAAAGGUUGUUGCUUUUUUAUAUAUUUCUAUGUUUGAUGGUGUAAUGUUUUUAAUCUUUUAUGUUGUAUUUUGAUGUCAAGAUCUUUUCUUUUUUGAUGUUUUGGUUUCUAAAAAGUGAAUAUUCAGGAGAUUUUCUUCGUA